AUCCUGGCUAAGUGGUUUUUUUUUUUUUUUUUUUUUUUUCUUGUAGAGACAGGGUUUCACUGUGUUGCCUAGGCUGGUCUUGAACCCCCGGGCUCAAGCGAUCUACUUGCCUGUGCCUGCUUCUAAUGGGAGACUGCUGAGGCUGUUCAUUAGUCAGUGGCCUGUCUUCUCUCCAGCUGAUUUUCAAGAUCUUUUCUUUGUCAUUGGUGUCUUGCAGCUUCACGGCAAUGUGUCUAGCCGUGGGUUUAUUUUUAUUUAUCCUGCUGGAGAUAAGUUACAUUUCCUGGACCUAAGAAUUUGUUUUAAAAGUUUUAGAAAAGGUAUUCUUUUUAUUUUUUUAAUGCUUCCCAUUUCUUCUUGUGGGCUUCCAAUUAGAUACACAUUAAAUCUUGGACCUACCAAGUUUCCUGACCUGUCUCUUGCAUUUCAGCAGUUUAUUCCGGUUCACUGAUACUUUGUGUCAAAUAUAACUUUCUCUUAGCGUUUUCAUCUCAACAAAGACAACAACUUGCCAUUCAGCAAGCUUUCAUUUUUAAAAGUUCCUCAUCUUCCUUCCCAAGGUGUCUGCUUUUUCCUGAUUGUUGUUGUAAGUUCAUUUUUGUAUUACAGCUUUCAUUUCCUUAAAAAGUUCAUACAAUAGCUAUUCUAAAUUUUGUAUCUGACACUUUGAACAUCUGUAGUCUAAAAGUCUGUGGUUUCUGGGUUCUGUUGACUCUUAGAGCGGCUUGCCUUCUCAAGGUGCAACGUCUUUGCUUGAUGUUCAUCUGUAAGAAUCUUGCAGAAUCAACUUGAAGAAAUUUUCCUGCACAGAAGACUCGCUUCUGCCUCUGCUCGGAGCCAAGGGAUGCCCCACACCAGGAACUGUUAGGCCUGUUGAGGGUUUGGCUCAAAACAGAAUUUUAAGCUUAAUAUCCCCUUCUUGCUGCUGUUGUAAGACACUUACAGUCAGUAUCACUCCCCUUCCUCCUUCCCCGUGCCUGCCUUCCCAGUUUGGCUCCUGCUCUACCACUGCACCAGGGCACGAGCCUUGGUGACCCACCUUGGUGGCCCAGGCUUCCAGCCUUCCACCUUGGGCCCAGCUGAUGCUGAUGCAGACCUUUAUUUUUGAAGAAAAGAUCCCUAGGGACCUCUCCUACCCCUUGGAAGCCCAUUGGUGCCUCAGUGUGUGUAAACAAAAAGUUUCAUUUGCGGAGAAGUUGAAGGAGAGAGUUCUUCUUCCUCAGAGCUUAGUCCUUCGUGACAACAGCAGCACAGCAUUUUCUAAAACAUUAAAAAUCUUAAUUAUACUAAAAAACCUGGAUGGUUGGGUCAGUGGGGAAUAAAUCCUAUUAAUUAAGAAAGCAAGUGAGGGAACUACUGAGAAGGUCAAGGUUGGACUCCAGAUUGCUUCAAGCCAGAGGCCAAUUCCUGGUCAGUGGCUCCCAUGCUAGUCUUGAUGUUUAGGAAGUGGUGUCAGCAGAGACUGAGCUGCACACUUUCUCUGGACAGAUGGCAGGAGAGAACUUCAAGGAGGAGCUCAGAUCCCAGGAUGCUCCCAAGAACUUGAAGGGGUGUGAAGCAGCAGGGCAUCCAUAUUCCCGGCUUCUGAAGAUGCUGUUACGCAGAUUGAGGGGUGUCACCACCAAGCAGGAUGACAAGUUUGCCAACCUCCUGGUUGCAGUGGGGGAGUUCGGCACCUUCCUGAGGCUGGUGGCCCUCACCUUUAUCCCCAGCAUCCUGUCGGCCUUCUUCACGUUUGCUGACCACUUCGUGUUCACAGCCCAGAAGCCCUAUUGCAACACCAGCUGGAUCCUGGCAGUGGGCCCCCACCUGUCCGAAGCUGAGCAGCUGAAUCUGACCAUACCCCGGGCACCCAACGGCAGUUUCCUGACCUGCCUCAUGUACCUUCCUGUGCCCUGGAGUCUGGAUUCUAUCAUCCACUUUGGCCUCAAUGACACAGACAGAUGCCGAAAUGGAUGGAUCUAUCCUGACUCUAAGAAGCGAUCGCUGAUCAUUGAGUUUGACUUGGUAUGUGCCAUGGAGCAUAAGGAGGACACCCCGCAUAUAGUGUUCAUGGCAGGGCUCCUGAUAGGCUCACUCGUUUUCUGGCUCAUAGCUGAUAAGAUGGGCUGUUUCCCUGCCAUCCUGCUGUCACUGCUGGGGCUGAUCAUCUUCGGCUUCAGGACAGCCUUCGUGAACAGCUUCCACCUGUAUUUGUUCUUUCACUUUGCCGUCUCGCAGUCAGUGGUGGGCUACACCAUCAGCAGCAGUUCUUUGGCCACUGAGUGGCUCAUGGACGAGCACCGGGCCCAUGCCAUCAUCCUGGAGCACUGCUUCUUCGCCGUGGGGACUGUGUUGCUGAAGGGGAUCGCCUAUAGUUUUCCCCACUGGCGGCUACUGUUUCUGGUGGGUGGGGUGCCUGCGUUCCCCCUCAUCUCCUAUAUCUGGAUUCUCCCGCAGUCCCUCGGUGGCUGAUGAUGGAAGGUGAAGGAGGCCAAGCAGUGCUACGCAGCAGGUGUGAGCAAGAAGACCAUUUCUGCAAAUCUGCUGAACAAGCUGCAGCUGCCCAGAAAGAAGGUGACUAACUCUGUCCUGGACUUCUGUAAGAAUAGACAACUCUGCAAGGUGACGUUGGUGAUGGGCUGUGUGUGGUUUACCGUCAGUUACACCUAUUUUGCGUUGAUCCUGAGAAUGAGGGAGCUGGGGAGCCUCUACUUCAGACAUGUGGUCCCCGGCAUCAUGGAGGUGCCUGCCCGGCUGUGCUGCCUCUUUCUCCUGCAGCAGACUGUGAGGAAGUGGAGCCUGGCUGUGGCUCUCCUCCAAGCUGUCAUCUGGUGCUUGGUUCUCCUUUUCCUCCCUGAAGGUACAGAUGGCCUCAGACUCAGGUUGUCGGCAGCAGGGCUGAAAUCCGUGACGGUCUUGGUGCUCGUGCUGGGAGAGGUCAGCCUGGCCACCACUGCCACGGUGUUCUUCCUCCACACUGUGGAGCUCCUCCCCACUGCUCUCAGGGAAACAGGUCUGGGGCUGGUGUCUCUGGCAUUGGCGGCCGGAGCCAUGUUGUCCCUGACAACCAUGAGACAGACCCUCUCCCUCCUGCCCAUCUGUUUCUGCUGCGUCUCAGCCAUUGUCGGCUUUUCCCUCUCCUUCCUCCUGCUGGAAACGCAAGAUCAGUGCCUCUCUGACAGCCUGGACCACUCCUCACAGAUGGGGAAUAAGGUCGAGGACAUGACGACUGAGGUUACGUCAUCUGAUGAUGUGUCUGAGGAAGCGGCUAAGAACGGCAUUCUCAAUGCCCAGAUCCUGAAACUGGACACACACCCUGUCUCCAGCACUGCCUUGGGGCGAUUCAAUGAAGGGGAAGCAAACAGCUGGGCUCCCUGAGGGCCAGGCCCCCAGACCAUCUUGGGUUGGAAUUGAGUGGCCAAGCAUGGGCUUGUGGAUUCCAGGCCCAGUUUAGUCAGAGGGGCAGGGUUAGUCCUGCUCCCGGGCAGCCCUUGAUAUUAAAAAGAAAGAAUGGCCCCCCUUCUGCGGGAGCUCUGCUGUGAUUCAUUCCAAUAAAGGUAUGAUAUUGGUCUUGA